AAUAGGUGAGAAGUUUGAACGAGCGUUCAAGUGAAACUAAUUGAUUUAUAUGAGUUGUGAUAAAGUGUAUUAGUUUUUAUUCUUGAAUAAUGUUAUAAGAUAUUUUAAUUAUUAAGUGAAUGAAGCAAUUACUUUUAUAUAUUUGGUAAUAAAAGGCUAACAGAGCCAACAUGCGUUCAGUGCUGUUACCAAUAGCACUGCUCCUCUGUGGUGUGUGCAUGGUAAAGGCAUAUGAAGACAACACAUUGGAGGAUGAUGAUUUCGCAGAGUUUGAGCAAUUUGAUGCAGAAGAUGAUGUACCCGUGACAGAUUUCCAUGAAGAGACCAAAGAUGUCCCAGUGCAGAAGCCUUUUGAAUCUGACAAAGAUAUAGAAGAUGAAAUACUGGUUGAGGAUGAAGAUAAUGAAUUUGAGCACUUCCAAGAUCCUGAGGAGUUUGAAGGAUUCCAAGACAGUGCACCACGGACAGCUGAAACACCAAAGAUUACUAUUUCAAAGGUUCCCAUUCUAGUGCGGCCGCGCUGGGACGCGUACUGGCUGGAAGGCAUACUGUGUUGCACUCUAGCGGCGUACGCCCUCGCAUACGCAGUCGGUCGCGCAAAGAAUACAUCCAUUGCGAUCAACUUUUUGAAGUUACAUAAGCCAUUAUUAGAUGAUAAUUUUACAUUAGUCGGGGAGACGGGCCCGGAAGUGGUGGCGGCGGAAGACCGCGGCUGGCGGCGCGAGGCCGAGCACUGCUUCACCAUGUGGUGCAGUGGUCGCCUCUGCUGCGAGGGCAUGCUGCUCACGCUCAAGCUCAUCAAGCGUCAAGACCUGGUGCACGUAGCGCUAGGGCUGGUGCGACCAACGACAGACACGCUGCUGGUGCGAGUGGAACUUGGCAAAGAUGAUAGCGACCCAUUCGUGCUCUGUGUUGCGCAGAAGAAAAUCGCCACCAGGCUUGCGAAGGAGAUGCAGGAUUUGAGCGUGUUCUGCCCGGAGCGGCGCGCGGGCGACAAGCACGGGCUGCCGGCGGCGCUGGGCGUGCUGUCCGAGUGCGCGGAGGCCACCGCCGCGCUGCUGGACGCGCGCGUCACCGCCGCGCUGGCGCAGUACGCGCACCACCUGCACUACAUACACAUCUCCGACCGCUACUCGGGGCCCAAGCAGAUCGAAGAGACAGUGGCGACGAAGCCCCCGGAUACGGAGCGCGUGAUGCUGGUGAGCCUGGCACUGGGUCCCGACGGCGGCGGCGACGAGGUGCGCCCCUUGCUGCUGCUCGUAUUCCACCUCCUCGAGAAGAUCAAGCGGCUGAGAUUGAGCAAGGAGGCACUGGCGAAGUGUGAAAAGCGUCGUCAAAAGGUGGCUGAGGCGUGGCUGCGAGGUGCACACGCUGCUCGCCAAGAGCAAGCUGCUCAGAGACGGGAGGAGAAACGCAAGCAGGAGAAGGAACGCAUCCUCGCUGAGGAUGAUCCAGAGAAACAGCGCCGUUGGGAGCUGAAAGAACAAAAACGCGAGAAGAAACGCAAGACUCCCAAAAUGAAGCAACUCAAAGUGAAGGCUAUGUAAAUGCUUAAUUUAGCAGACAGUCAAAUGCAAUAUUAUGUAUUUACAGCGGAUUUUUUAUUUAUAAGUGUUACUUUCUCAACGAAUAUCAAUAAAUGAUUUUAAGUUA